UGUGGGAGCUGUACUAUUUUAGAAGCUGGGUUCCCAUGGCUUCUGCUCACACCCUCUGACUUCCCACCCAGGCCCUAGGAUCCAACCCAGAACAUUCCUUGAGGGAGGGGCCGUCUUUUCUGUUGCAGUGCCCACCCUCCAGCCCCAUGGCGUCCUGCCCCGUCCUGCACAAGGAGACCGUGUUCCAGACCGGAGCCCACGCCUACAGAAUCCCCGCUCUGCUCUACCUGCCUCAGCAGAAGACCCUGCUGGCCUUUGCGGAGAAGCGGGCGAGCAAGAAGGACGAGCACGCGAAGCUGAUUGUCCUGCGUAGGGGAAGCUACGAUGCGUCCACCCACCAGGUCCGGUGGCACCCGCAGGAGGCGGUGGCCCAAGCCCAGCUGGAGGGCCACCGGUCCAUGAACCCCAGCCCCUUGUAUGACAAGAAGACGGGGACCCUUUUCCUCUUCUUCAUUGCCAUCCCCGGGCAGGUGUCUGAGCACCACCAGCUCCAGACCAGGGUCAACGUGACACGGCUGUGCCAGGUCACCAGCACGGACCAUGGGAGGUCCUGGAGCCCCGCCAGAGACCUCACGGACUCCGUCAUUGGCCCGGCCCACAAGGACUGGGCCACUUUCGCGGUGGGCCCGGGCCACUGCCUGCAGCUGCACAACCAGACGCAGAGCCUGCUGGUGCCAGCCUACGCUUACCGCAACCUCCCCUUUCCGCGGGCACCCGCCCCCUCCGCCUUCUGCUUGGUCAGCCAUGACCACGGGCGCACGUGGGCACGAGGCAGCUUCGUGGCCCUGGACACCCUGGAGUGCCAGGUGGCCGAAGUCGGGGAUGCAGAACAGAGGGUGGUGUAUCUGAACGCAAGGAGCCGCCUCCGAGCCAGGGUCCAGGCCCAGAGCACCAACGACGGGCUCGAUUUUGGGGAGACCCAGCCAGUAAAGCAGCUCGUGGAGCCUCCGCACGGCUGCCAGGGGAGCAUCAUCAGCUUCCCCAGCCCCCGAGGGGGGCCGGACUCCCCACACCAGUGGCUGCUCUACACCCACCCGACUGACCCGAAGUGGAGAUCCAACCUGGGCGUGUACCUGAACCGACAGGCCCCCACGCCCUUGGCCUGGUCAGAGCCCGCCCUGCUGGCCACGGGCAGCUGCGCUUACUCAGACCUCCAGAGCAUGGGCGCCGGCCCCGACGGGUCACCCCAGUUUGGGUGUCUGUAUGAAUCAAAUGAUUAUGAGGAGAUUGUCUUUGUCAUGUUCACCCUGAAACAAGCCUUCCCAGCUGCAUUUUUGCUGCAAUGAGCCGUGAGCCCUCUGCGUGCCGCCCAAGGAGGGAGCUCCCCUCUGCCGGGCUGGGGGUUUCCUUCCUCCAUGCCCUCAUCCCACCCCCUACCCCGGCACCCCCUGGCCUUGGGAGGCAGCCUUGCAUGCUGUUCCCUUUGCUGAAAGCCCGUGCCUGCCUCUGGGCUCCUCUCCUCCUGCGAGGUCUCAGCAGGAGAAUCUAUUUUCAACCCAGACCCUGAAGGAACCUGGCUUCCUGGAGGCCCUUGGCUCAGUCUGCUGCUCCCCGCAGCGACCCAGCACUUCUGCAGCUCUUGAUAAAUGAUCUAGACCAGCCCGUUUCUUCUUAGCAAAUGCUCGGCACGUUCCUGGACAGAGAUGUCACUUAGCAGACACGUGCAUGUCUGUCCGUCUGUCUGUCUGUCUCUCUGUGUGGGUCUGAGUAACGCUUGAGAGCAGGGAGCGUGGGGACAGCUUUGCAGGGAGGUAAGGUGGGGUCUUGGAAAAUUAAAUGGGUUUAAGUCAUUGGGUUAGUUUCCUGGAGCUGCUGCAACA